AUGGAUCACCAAGAAAUUAUUGAAUGCGGCGUUAAAAACAUAGUUGAUAUGUAUAUGGACAAUUUUGAAAAGAGUCAAUAUGCAGUCUUGAUGGAUGAAUAUACAGGAUUGUUGAAACAAAUCGACAAAUGUGUAUUAAUGGAAAACGAGAUUGACAUGUUGGCCAAAUGUUUGGCAUGUGAUGUCACUCUAUUGGAUGACCAGCUAAAGUCAAUAACUUCAAUCACGACUGACCAGCUUCAUAAACUUAUGGAGGACUUACAGAACAUGUAUUUUUCAAGUGUUGCUGAACCGGCAAAGAAACACAAAAGCGCUUCGAGUCUUUAUUCAUUCGGCAUCCUAGUCAAAGGACGAAUUGUGCACACGGAUAAAUUCUACAGAAACCUCGCAGAUGGCAAAACAAUUGUGUGUGUGGUGAAGUGCAAGCAUGCAUUUCAUCCAACUUGUAUCCAUCGGUGGUACAUGGAAAGUUCAACCUGUCCGUAUUGCCGGUCGGAGAUUGUGGUCUCGUCACUGAUCGACUAUCGAUACGAGACAAAUGUUACGAAGAAUAGCGAUGUGAUAGCCAAAAUCACACUGACCACGAUGUAUACAGGUACGAGAGUUUCUGGGAGCAACUAA